AUGGAUAGGUUUUAUUUAUACAGGUAACAAGAACUACAAAAGAUGGGAAAACCAAACCAACUGAACCAAACCCCUGCGUCAGACUUCCUCCUGGUAGGAUUCUCUGAGCGACCAGAGGACCAGCCUCUUCUGUUUGGCACCUUCCUGGGCAUGUACCUGAUCACCAUGGCUGGAAACCUGCUCAUCUUCCUGGCCAUCUGCACUGACCCACACCUCCAUACGCCCAUGUACUUCUUUCUGGCCAAUCUAUCAUUAACAGAUGCCUGCUUCAGUUCAGCUUCAAUCCCCAGAAUGCUGGUCAACAUUCAUACCCAGAGUCAGACCAUCUCCUACCCUGGGUGCCUUACACAGUUAUAUUUCCUACUUUUGUUUGGUGGUCUUGACAACUGCCUCCUGGCUGUGAUGGCAUAUGACCGUUUUGUGGCUAUCUGCCGGCCACUUCAUUAUAACACAGCCAUGAGUCCUCAACUCUGUGUACUAAUGUUAGUUAUCUGUUUGUUGCUAACCAAUUGUCCUGCCCUUGUGCACACACUGUUGCUAACUCGUGUGACUUUCUGUGGCUACAUUGUAAUCCACCACUUCUACUGUGACCCCAGAGCUCUACUGAAGCUUGCUUGCUCCGACACCCACAUUAACGAGCUGAUGAUCAUCAUCAUGGGCUUGAUCUUCCUCACUCUGCCCCUCAUGCUGAUUGUCUUCUCCUAUGUCCGUAUUUUCUGGACUGUGUUUGGCAUCUCCUCUCCUGGAGGGCGGUGGAAGGCUUUCUCUACCUGUGGUUCUCAUCUCACGGUGGUUCUUCUCUUUUAUGGGUCACUUAUGGGUGUGUAUCUACUCCCCCCCUCAGCUCACUCUACAGAGAAAGAAAGUCGGGCUUCCAUUCUCUAUAAUGUGAUUAUUCCUAUGCUAAACCCAUUCAUCUAUAGCUUGAGGAAUAAAGACAUGAAGGAUGCUUUGGGUAAACUUUUCAGCAGUGGUAAAACAUUCUCCCUACCAUGA